AUGCAUGUGAAUGAAAAUUGCUCGACAACGAAUAUUCCACUGUCAUCAGUUGUUAGCAUCAUAUCUUCUUCCUCCUGCCGGCACUCGGGCAAUUCUUGUACAAAUGUUCGCCACGAAGAACUUCAACAGACUUCUCCCGUUCGAAAACCGAAACCAAACAUCGAGAAUUUAAUCAAUGCGAUCAGCUUUCGAGCACGUAUGAGAAAAUUCCUCACUACUCGACUUGCUUUCGUUAGUAAUAUCAUGAGCUUUCUGGGCAUUUUGGGAAUCUUUCUCAUGAUUAUCGAAAAUGAAUUACACUUCGAUUGGGUUAAUCACGGAGAUAUCGGACCUAUUUGGUUCAUGAAACUAAUUAUUUCUAUAACAACGGCGAUACUUCUUGGCUUGAUUCUCUACUACCAUUAUUUAGAUCUGCAACUCUUUUCGAUUCAGAAUUCUCUCGACGACUAUCGUGUUGGUCUAACAAGGAAGAAAAUAUGUUUCAUUGCAAGUGAACUUUUGAUAUGUGCUAUACAUCCUAUGCCGUUAUCCAGUCUAAAUUCAAAUCUGAAAGACAUUUCACCAGAACUGACUGUUCAUCCUCCACUAUCGUACACACCGGUUGAAGUAGCAUUAAGUGUACCAAUGUUUCUUCGUUUGUAUCUAUUUGGUCGAACAAUUAUGUUCCGUUCAUACUUGUUUCGUGAUGGAUCAUUACGGUCCAUUAGUUGUCUCAAUCAAGUAUCGAUCGAUUUGUCCUUCCUAUUGAAAACUUACCUGGAGCAAUGGGCAACUCGAUGUUUACUUGCUCUUAACAUCAUUGCUUUCCUUAUUGGAAGUUGGUGUCUACGCGCAUGUGACUACGCAGCAACAGGAGAUCAUCUAUCCAUAUUCGACUCAAUGUGGUUGUUCAUUGUAACGUUCACUACAGUUGGUUUCGGAGAUGUGUAUCCGUCAACACUUUGUGGACGCGGUAUUACAACCGUGGUCGGUUUGAUUGGUCUCCUUUCAUCUGCUCUUUUUAUUGCUGUUCUCACUCAAAAACUACAUUUGACGCGUGAAGAAAAAUAUGUUCAUACCUUCGUGUCAAAAAUGCAGUUAGCUAAAGAUCGUGAACAUCAAGCGGCGAAUGUUGUCAAAUUUGCCAUGAAAGUAUGGUAUUUGAAGCGACAAAAUAAACGAACAUUUAUUCAAUCGUUUCAAGCGCAACGAAAACUUUUUCGAGCCAUAUCUUCUUUACAACAAACGAAAAGGCAGCAAGGUUAUUUAAUGGAUAGUUGUGUUGGACUGCAUGAGAUAAUAACCAUGCAACACAAUUUAACCGCUCAACAUGAUCAGACAUUGCAGCAGAUGGAACAUAUGAAAAAUGAUAUUAGAAAAAUUCAAAUAGAAUCAGGCCAUAUCUUGGAAAUAAUGAAGAAUAUACAAACAACGCUCAAUACAAGACUAAAUCAAUCGACGAUCUAG